AUGCGGAGCUUCAGGGAAAUUCAGAGAUUUGCCGUGGCUGGCUUGAACGCCGUGCGUCUCGGUGCCGGUGAAUUGUUAAAUCCUUGCCGCUGUGAUGGGUCAGUACGAUACACGCAUCAGCUUUGCCUGUUAAAGUGGAUAAGUGAAAGAGGGUCAUGGACUUGUGAACUCUGCUGUUACAGAUACCAUGUUAUAGCAAUUAAAAUGAAGAAGCCUUGCCAGUGGCAAAGCAUUACUAUAACACUGGUUGAGAAAGUGCAGAUGGUUGCUGUAAUCCUAGGAUCUCUGUUCUUAGUAGCAAGUGUGACUUGGCUUCUAUGGUCAGCCUUCAGCCCUUAUGCAGUAUGGCAAAGAAAGGACAUCCUUUUUCAAAUCUGCUAUGGAAUGUAUGGUUUUAUGGAUCUAGUAUGCAUAGGACUGAUAGUACAUGAAGGUGCAUCUGUUUAUCGAGUGUUUAAGCGCUGGAGGGCUGUGAACUUACACUGGGAUGUGUUAAAUUAUGAUAAAGCCACAGACAUAGAAGAGAGCAAUCGAGGAGAACCCUCAGCAAGAAGGACAUUGUGGUUACCGCUGACUGCAUUUAGAAACAGAAGUUUAGUUCAUCCAACGCAAUUAACCUCACCAAGAUUUCAGUGUGGCUAUGUAUUGUUACAUCUGUUCAACCGCAUGAGACCUCAGGAAGAUUCAUCAGAAGAUAAUGGCUCUGGGGAAGUAGUGAUGAGAGUGACUUCAGUGUAA